CUACAUUUACCAACAAUCAUUCUACAGUUAAUGUUGACGGGAAAAUAAGUAAUCAACUGCUUCUCUAAUUUUACAACAUCAAUCUUGGCUCAGAGAGAGGUUGCAACUUGCAAAUGCAGCACCGACUGAUUAUUGUUCAAACUUCAAACUUCAAACUUCGAAAUCGAAGUUUCUGAUUCUGUCUAUUUCCGAGUACUGACUAGUCUUUAUUACAUACCAGCUCACCCUUGAUUUGGUUUCCUUAUAGAGGAUCAAAAGUCAAAAUCAUAAUCAACUACAACCCACCAACACCACCAUGCAGAGGUGGAAGUGGAACAGAAAGAAACCCCCCAUUUUCCCUUUGCUUGUGCUUAUUUUAUUGUUUUUCAUAGCCUUCUCAACCCUCCAGAGUGAACACACCAUACAACGAAUCCAUGAAAAUCCAGAUCAUGUUCACAACCACCAAGAAGUUUCUUCAGCCACCUUUGUCAAACCAAACCUCUCUGGUCACCUAAAGCAAGCACCAGAGGUUUUGGAUAGAUUCAGUAGAUGCAACUCCACUGUGGAGUAUAGUGGCCGGAAAAUUGCUUGGCUCGGCGAUUCUCGGCAUUCCGGUCACUGGAGUGCGAGGCCGGAGAGUUGUGAUGUUUUUUCAGGCAAAUGGGUGUUUGAUAAUGUUUCACAUCCACUUUACAAUGAGUCAGAUUGCCCUUACAUGUCUGACCAAUUGGCCUGUCACAAGCAUGGGAGGUCUGAUUUGGGGUACCAGUAUUGGAGAUGGCAGCCACAUAACUGCAAUUUGAAGAGGUGGAACGUGAAAGAAAUGUGGGAGAAGUUGAGAGGUAAAAGGCUAAUGUUUGUUGGAGAUUCACUAAAUAGAGGGCAAUGGAUAUCUAUGGUAUGUUUGUUACAAUCAGUAAUUCCUGCUGAUAAGAGAUCAAUGUCACCAAAUGCCCAUCUCACCAUUUUCAGAGCAGAGGAGUACAAUGCGACUGUGGAAUUUCUCUGGGCUCCUCUUCUUGCUGAAUCUAAUUCUGAUGAUCCAGUAAAUCACAGACUAGAUGAACGGAUAAUUCGUCCUGAUACGGUUCUUAGACAUGCAUCACUGUGGGAAAAUGCUGAUAUACUAGUUUUUAAUACAUACUUGUGGUGGAGACAAGGCCCAGUCAAGCUAUUAUGGACUCAUGAAGAAAAUGGAGCUUGUGAAGAAUUGGAUGGGCAUGGAGCCAUGGAGUUAGCCAUGGGAGCCUGGGCAGAUUGGGUAUCUUCUAAAGUCGAUCCCCUUAAGAAGCGUGUCUUUUUUGUGACCAUGUCACCUACUCAUCUCUGGAGUCGAGAGUGGAAACCAGGAAGCGAGGGAAACUGUUAUGGGGAGAAGGACCCCAUUGACAAUGAGGGCUACUGGGGAAGUGGCUCAGAUUUGCCCACAAUGAGCACUGUGGAGAAGAUCCUAAGCAAUUUGAGCUCAAAAGUUUCUGUCAUCAACAUUACUCAACUAUCAGAGUAUAGAAAGGAUGGUCAUCCUUCCAUUUUUCGCAAAUUUUGGGAGCCCCUUCGCCCGGAACAAUUGUCAAAUCCCCCAUCUUACUCUGAUUGCAUACAUUGGUGCUUGCCUGGGGUACCUGAUGUGUGGAAUGAGUUACUAUUCCAUUUUUUGUAGAAGUUGUUUAUUCAAUUUUCUUGAUUGAAUAUAGCAGCCAAUGUCUGCAUUUUUUAAAGAGUGGCAAAAGCUGCUUACAUUAGUUGUUUGCACGCAAGGGUGGACUGUUUUUGACAAGUGAAUGCUGAAAAUUUAGAGAUCUCAACGUUCAUGUGCCACUUUAAAACUUGGCUUCACUCAGAAAAGGAACAAAAAAACUGAGGUAGUUAUUUGUUGGAUUUCUUAUAAAUGUGAUUUAUUCUAUUCUCUCAUUCUGCACA